GUUUUCCCUCCCUCUUUCCAAAACCAACUGUCUUUCUCUUUCAGCUAACCCUAAGUCCCUUUGUCCCCUUCUUUUAUACCCAUUCAACCCUCUGCCUCUUUCUCCAGGAGUUCUCCUCCUUCAACAGAGCUGCCAGAUUUCACAUCGAUGUCCUCCUUUUACCAUCCAUCAUUCUCCAGUACAAACUAACUUUUAUCAUCACUCCCCACUCUCUCUCUCUAUCUCUCUCCUCCCUUGUUCCCCUGCUUUGUUUUUUUGUAGUUCUAAUCCAGUUUCUUACGUUUUUCUUAAUUGGGUAUGUACCCAGAUUGAAAGUGUGAAUUUUUUUUGAGUUUUUUGAAAUACCCAGAUCGAAAAUUUCAUUUAUUUCAAAUGGGUUUGUGUUUUCAUUAAAGGGGGAAUUUUGGGUGUGAAUGGGGAUUGAGAUGGUGGCGCCCAAUCGCAAAGGCAAUAAGGAGUUUCUGGAAUUGGCGGAGGUGACGAAUUCGAAAAGCAAGACCAGAAAGUGCCGGCGGCGUCAGCGGAAGAUGUCGCCGGUUCAGAAGCUGUACGAGACUUGCAAGGAAGUCUUUUCGUCUGGUGGGGCCGGGGUUAUACCCCCCGCUGAUGAUAUCCAACGGCUAUCCUCUGUUUUGGGUGCCAUUAAGCCUGCUGAUGUCGGCCUGACUCCUGAUUUGCCGUACUUCAGGAUGACAGUAGCUAGACGAACCCCGGCAAUAACCUACCUGCACCUUUACGAGUGCGAAAAAUAUUCGAUGGGGAUAUUUUGCUUGCCGCCUUCCGGUAUCCUACCGCUUCAUAAUCACCCUGGAAUGACUGUAUUCAGUAAGCUUCUGUUUGGGACAAUGCACAUCAAAUCCUAUGAUUGGGUGGCUGAUGCCUCGGAGAGGACAUUGGCACGUGCCCCGGAGAAGACGUUGGCAAGUGCCCCGGAGAGUGCCCCGGAGAAGACAUUGGCAAGUGCCCCGGAGGAAACGUUGGCAAGUACGCCGGGGAAAACAUUGGCAAGUGCGAAUCCUUCAUUAGUUGGAUGUUCUCUCGUUCAAGCACCGCCUGGUGUUCGUCUGGCUAAAGUUAAGGCUGACGCUGAUUUCACUGCUGCUUGCGACCCUUCCAUCCUCUAUCCAGCUGAUGGAGGCAACAUGCAUUGCUUCACAGCAGUGACAGCAUGCGCAGUGCUCGAUGUGCUUGGCCCUCCAUAUUCUGAUCCUGACGGUCGGCACUGCCAAUACUACAUUGAUCACCCAUUCCCUCGUUUCCCAGAUGGGGGAGUAUCUGUGCCAGAAGAUGAGAAGGACGGCUAUGCUUGGCUUGAAGAGAGAGAGAAACCUGAUGACUUAGCUGUAGUUGGAGCCAUCUACAGAGGCCCCAGAAUACAGGAGAAUUGAUGAUCUCACCAAUCUAUAUCUCCUUCGUCAUUCCAUUUCACUUGUCUGCAUCUCCAUUCCAUUUUCCCCAUUCAUCCAUCCGCAGCCGCCUCCGCACCACAGUUCCGUCGCUUCCAUCGAUGCCAUCAGUGGCUGCUGCUCAAUUCAGUACAGCAGCAGUAGUGCUUUUGUCUCGUUAUGUUCUUUUUUUUUGGCUCUAUGUUUUGUUGUUUUUUCUUUUUGGUGGAACAUGAGGAGGCACUUGGUGCCUUAUUUUUUCUUCUUUCUACAGUUAAUGUACAUACCCAAAAAAAGAAAAGCAACAAAAUGAAGAGAAGGUCUCUUUGUUCUAAGCGCGCUUGAAAUUAGAGGAAGAAAGUGCAUUAGCACUCUUUUCAUGAUUGGCCUUUUAAAUUUUACACUCUCUCCCCCAAAUAUUUACUUGGUUAGUUUAUACUUUA